CGGCAUGCUCUGCCCUCCUCCCGGCAGGCAGGCUCCUAAAGAACGCUUCGCGCCCUCGCUCCCCCCACCGCAGCCCCCACAGCCCCAGAGAUGCAGGGAGGUCCCGCUGAGGAAGCGGGUCCGCCGGCGCCCGCUGCGGGUAUGAAGGAGACCCCUCAUGCUCCCCGGGGGGUCUCCAGGGAUCGGCAACCCUCCUACAUACGUCCGGGGUCCUCCCUUCUCAGCCGGGGGAAGGACGGGUCUGAGCGAGCGAGGAGGGGCGGGGUGCGAGGCCGGAUUUAUGAAUGAAGAGGGCGGCCCGCUCGCCGGUCCAGCGACCCCUGGCGGCCGCCGGGGCGCAUCGCGGCCACGGGAUUCAAGGGCUCUUAAUAGUGGUAACCGGCAAUGACCGUGAAGCCAGCUUCCGGUGCCAGUUUCUGGGUAAAGCACUUGGCAUUCAUUACAGCUCAUUACUCCUCAGCGGGGCCCUGUGAGGCCGGUUCAGUUAUUACUCCACGGGAUAGAUGGGGAAACCAAGGCUGAGAGGUAAGUUACCCAACUGGUAUGAAAUUGGGAUGCAAGGCAGAUCUGUCUUUCUCCAUCGAUUUCAGGCUCUCCAUAACCCACAUGACUGUGAGAAUUAAGAGGAAGCUUAUCUGCAAAUUGCCUGGCACUCUCCCUAACGUUCCCUUUUCCUUCCUUCAGAAGGUUUCAGGCUGGGACCACAAACACCUGAGUGCAAGACUCUGGGUCCCCUGAGGGAAGUGGGCUAAGGCCUGGCCUGGGGGCGCCCCUCCCUUGGGAGAGCCUGGGACGUCCAUCAGCUGUAGUGGCUCCUGAGCUCAUGGAGCCCUCGGCCACCCCAGGGCCCCAGAUGGGGGUCCCCACUGGCAGCGGGGAACCGUCCCCGGUGCCUCCAGACUAUGAAGACGAGUUUCUCCGCUAUCUGUGGCGUGACUAUCUGUACCCGAAGCAGUACGAGUGGGUCCUCAUCGCCGCCUACGUGGCUGUGUUCCUCGUGGCCCUGGUGGGCAACACGCUGGUCUGUCUGGCCGUGUGGCGGAAUCACCACAUGAGGACGGUCACCAACUACUUCAUCGUCAACCUGUCCCUGGCCGACGUGCUGGUGACGGCCAUCUGCCUGCCGGCUAGCUUGUUGGUAGACAUUACUGAAUCCUGGCUCUUCGGCCAUGCCCUCUGCAAGGUCAUCCCCUAUCUACAGGCCGUGUCUGUGUCAGUGGCAGUGCUGACUCUCAGCUUCAUCGCCCUGGACCGCUGGUAUGCCAUCUGCCACCCCCUGCUGUUCAAGAGCACUGCCCGGCGUGCUCGUGGCUCCAUCCUGGGCAUCUGGGCCGUGUCGCUGGCUGUCAUGGUGCCCCAGGCUGCUGUCAUGGAAUGCAGCAGUGUGCUGCCCGAGCUAGCCAACCGCACCCGGCUCUUCUCUGUCUGUGAUGAACGCUGGGCAGAUGAUCUCUAUCCCAAGAUCUACCACAGUUGCUUCUUCAUUGUCACCUACCUGGCCCCGCUAGGCCUCAUGGCCAUGGCCUAUUUCCAGAUCUUCCGCAAGCUCUGGGGCCGCCAGAUCCCCGGCACCACGUCGGCCCUGGUGAGGAACUGGAAGAGGCCCUCAGACCAGCUGGAGGACCAGGGGCAGGGUGUGGGCGCAGAGCCCCCGCCUCGGGCCCGUGCCUUCCUGGCUGAGGUAAAGCAAAUGCGAGCUCGAAGGAAGACGGCCAAGAUGCUGAUGGUGGUGCUGCUGGUCUUUGCCCUCUGCUACCUGCCCAUCAGUGUCCUCAAUGUCCUCAAGAGGGUGUUUGGGAUGUUCCACCAAGCCAGCGACCGAGAAGCCGUCUAUGCCUGCUUCACCUUCUCCCACUGGCUGGUGUACGCCAACAGCGCCGCCAACCCCAUCAUCUACAACUUCCUCAGUGGCAAAUUCCGGGAGCAGUUUAAGGCCGCCUUCUCCUGCUGCCUGCCUGGCCUGGGUCCCUGCGGCUCUCUGAAGGCCCCCAGCCCUCGCUCCUCUGCCAGCCACAAGUCCUUGUCCUUGCAGAGCCGGUGCUCUGUCUCCAGAGUCUCGGAGCACGUGGUGCUCACCAGUGUCACCACGGUGCUGCCCUGAGCGAGGGCCAUCCUGGUGGCAAAAGGGGGUGCAACCUAUCCCCUGCCUGGGCUGCUCCUCUGACUACUGGGGGACCUGCCCCCACUCCUCGUGGAAAGAUUGCUGGUUGCAGUGCGAGGCCGGGGCUCCUCGCCUCGUUUUCUGUUUAACUCUGGGCAGUGUCACUUCCCUUCUCUGAGCUGCGUCCCCUAAGUGGAUUGAUGUGAGGAUUAAGCACGCUCAAGAAGGUGGAAAGCUCUCUGUAAACUGUAAAGUGUUAUGGACAAGAUUAACGUUGUGUUCCUCCCACUUGGCUAUACCACACAGUACCAUCCAUCACCAUCAUCCUUCCAGAGCUUGGCCCUCCUCCCAAAGACCCCUCUCCUACCCAAUCAUAGGUCUUCCCUGGAGUCUGCUAUAAGGGUCCCAGCAGGCAUUUCCAUCUGGUCCAGGGGCUCUAAAGCCCAGGCUGCACUGGGCAGCGCUCCUUGAGGCCCAUGUGAACUAAUCUGAGCCCAGCCCUUCCCCAGUGGGAACAGAGCCCCACCCUCACCAGGUGCCAAGUGCACACACCACAGACUGCACCCCGUCGGUCGUGCAGUGAUAGGACACUCUCCAUGAGGCCGUUUGGUAUGGAGGCCAGCAGCCUGAAGCAACUGUAAUUAAAA